AUGGGCAUCGCGAUCAGCGCUGCCAUCGCUCUGGGCUACAGCAACAUCUUUGUGACGGCCCCAUCCCCCGAGAACCUGCGGACGCUGUUUGAGUUCCUGUUUAAGGGGUUGGACGCCCUGGAGUACAAGGAACACAUCGACUACGACUUGGUGGAGUCCACCAACCCAGCGCUGGGAAAGGCCAUCAUACGUGUGAAUGUGUUCAGGCACCAUCGACAGACCGUGCAGUACAUCCUGCCUCAGCAUCAUGCAAAGCUGAGUCAGGCUGAGUUGGUCGUCAUUGAUGAGGCAGCUGCGAUCCCACUGCCGAUCGUGAAGGCGCUGCUAGGGCCCUACCUCGUGUUCCUGUGCUCUACAGUUAAUGGAUAUGAGGGCACAGGGCGCAGCCUGUCCCUGAAGCUCAUCAGCCAGCUCAGAGAACAGGGCGCAAAGGCCUCAGGGGCUGAUGCAAAGGAAGGCGCCCUUGGGAGGACGCUCAGGGAGGUGACCCUGGAACAACCUAUAAGAUAUGCCCCGGGUGACCAUGUGGAGCGGUGGCUGAACAACCUGCUCUGCCUCGACUGUGCUGACGACGUCCCAAAGCCCCCACUUCGGCUGCCCCACCCAGACGAGUGUGAGCUCUUCUAUGUCGAGCGGGACACCCUCUUUUCCUAUCACAAGGCGUCUGAGGUGUUCCUGCGGCGCAUGGUGUCCCUGUACGUGGCCUCCCACUACAAGAACCAGCCCAACGAUCUGAUGCUGAUGAGCGAUGCCCCGGCGCAUCACCUGUUCGUUCUGCUUGGGCCAGUUGACGAAACGCAGAAUGCCCUCCCUGACAUCCUGUGCGUCCUGCAAGUGGCACUGGAGGGUCAGAUCUCAAGGAAGUUGGUAAUGUCGAGCAUGUCCCACGGCAGCAUCCCUCAGGGCGACCUCAUUCCCUGGAUAGUGGGCCAGCAGUUCCAAGACAGCGAGUUUCCAAGACUCUCUGGGGCGCGCAUCGUUCGCAUAGCAGUGCAUCCCGACCUGGGAAGAGCAGGAUAUGGCACAAAGGCCCUUGAACUUUUGUGCCGGUAUUACGAAGGAGAGAUUGUGAAUGUCCUGGACGAGAACGAUGAUGGCCCUUCUGCAGUAGCUGCAGAUACUGAUGGUCCUAGACAACAAAACGACCGGGAUCAGCAACAACCAGAGAAUGGUGAGGCUGGGCCAGGGCCUGGGUCCCAGCUUCUCUCUGAGGAACUUAAGCCACGCUCUGGACUGCCACCACUGCUUGUAAACCUGACAGACAGGCGUCCAGAGAAAUUGCACUACUUGGGUUCGUCCUUUGGACUGACCCUUCCUCUAUUCAAUUUUUGGAGGAAGUGUGGAUACCGGCCCCUCUACCUGAGGCAGACGCCCAGUGAGGUCACUGGAGAGCACACCAUCGUGGUGCUGAAGCCCCUGCAGUCACCAGACGUUGAAGGCACAAACUGGUUGGAGCCAUUUGUGGUGGACUUCAGGAAGCGUUUCAUUGCAUUGUUAGGCCGGAACUUCCGCACCAUGGAACCAGCAUUGGCACUAUCAAUACUGGCCCCAAAGCUUGUGUUCUCUGAACAAGAAUCCCAGGAAGGUAUCACAGGAGGCAUCACUGUGGCAGGAGUGGAUGGAGGAGGCCUGCUGCCACACGACCUCAAACGCCUGCAGUCGUACUCCAACAACUUGGUGGACCACCACAUGAUUCUGGACCUCGUUCCGGCCCUUGCGCGGGCAUACUUCUGUGGGAAGCUGCCAGCGACGCUGUCCCAUGGGCAGGCGGCCAUCCUCAUGGGCGUGGGCCUCCAACAGCUGGACAUCACAGAUGUGGAGAAGUCGCUCGGCCUGCCGUCAAAUCAAGUGCUGGCGCUGUUCAGCAAAUCGGUCCGAAAAUUGUACUCGUACCUGCUGGCGGCAAAGGAGGAAGGCGUUGGGCGGGAGCUGCCCAAGCCCAAGGAGAUCGUGCUCUUACCUCACGACAAAGAUGUCGAGGAGGAGCUGGAAGAGGCAGGUCGCCAGAUUCAGGGGGCCAUCCGUGCACAGCUACAACCGGAGGCCCUCCGUGAGUUCGCAAUAGAGGGAGGCGACGAGGAGUUCGGCGACGCGCUGAGCAAGGAUGGCCUGAAAGCGGGCAAGCUGGUGAGCAUCAAGAAGAGCGUCAAGGCAAGUGCGGGGUCUGCAAAAGAGGCGGGGGCGCACGGCGGCGAGCGCAAGAAGGGGGCCAAGAGGAAGAAGCUAGGGGGAAGUGGGAAGGGAAAGAAAAGGAGGCAGUGA